AUGGGGACUUAUCAUGGAGGGAAGUUGUCGUCGUCGUCGUUGCUAUGGUCAGGGGAUGGAGAAUUAGGGAAGCUACUCAUGCUGGGGGGAGAUGAGAAUGAAUUGGGACAUGCAGCAGCAGCAGAGGCAGCAGAGGCAGCAGAAUUGAUAGCUGGUGUGGAGGGGAUUGGGGAAGAGCAAUUGCUUCUAAUGGGAGGUGGGGGAGUGGGAAACAAACUCGGUCACAACGUCACCUCUAAUCCUUUGACAGCUGCUAGUAAUACUGCUAGUACUACUACUACUGCUACUGCUACCACCACUAAUACCACUACCACUACCACUACCACUACUACUAUUACGGCUACUAAUUCUGCUACUAAUACUCGUCCCAAUACUGGUGUCACUACUCCAGCCAACCUCGAUCUCAAUGAUAGUCGUAAUAAUAGUGCCACACCAACAAAGCUCAGGCUCAGGCUAAUUGCAACAAAACUCUCAACUGCAAUUACAAGAUCGCCCUCACCCUCUGUUGCUUCUUCCGUGGUGACCUCACCGGUGCUGGCCAGUUUCUCAAUAUCGAGUCCUCUUGUAUCCCACUCCAGCCACACUCUGGCCCUCCGUCAUGAGGUGAACGACGUAAAUGGCGAGAGCCUCACCUUGCAGCACAGUUUUUACCGUGAGGCAGGCCCCACCUUUGGCGGCGUGAGACCAACCUACCACAGCUCCCACUCAGCCGUUAGGCCUACUACUGCAGUCCCCUCCGCAAGUGCUUCCUACACCUUCUCCGAUCACUUAAGCUCUCUUGGCCAUCCUGACCCAAUCACCCUCCACAAGUCCAGGUCAGCCAACGACCUGUCUCUCUUUCUCCCACUCGACGAAUGCCUCCCGCCUAUCCCUCCCUCCCUUUGGGGGUCGCGCCAGCAAUACGCCUGCAAACACGCAGACACGUUCACAGCUGGCCAGGUGGCAGCCUUGUCCGACAACCAGCAGCAGCAGCAGCAGCAGAAUCACCACCACCACCACAACCAGAACCUCGACCUCCACCACACUCACACUCACACUCACACUCACACUCACACUGAUGAGAAUCACUCAAUUCUCAACCACGAAAUUUCCCCCGCCGUGGUGGUCGUAGCUUCUCCUCCUCCUCCCACCACUCCCACCACUCCCACUCCUCCUAGUGCUGCUCCUGCUCCUCCCCUUCCAUCCUCCUCCUCCUCCUCCUCCUCCAAGCAGGGAAAACCUAAACCUGCACUCGGCCCACCCCUAACAUUCUCCUGCGAGGAAAAGAUCUCCCCACUCAGCCCCGAAGACGCAAUUGCCAGUCCUGGACGUCGGCCCUGCCAUGAAACGUCGUCCACCGUCUACUUCCCGUUCUCAUCGUCCCUCACAUCACCUAAACCAGCUCCGUCUUUGUUGUUUGACCCCGAAACCUUUUCGCUCUCCGAACAACAGCAGCAGCAGCAGCACGAUCGUUCUCUCUCCACCCCUCCUCCUCGUACCCACCACCACCACCACCACCACAAACACGUUUCUCCCGUAAACGUUCCCCCCUUCAACACACCUCCGUCGUCGUCGUCGUUGUCAUCGUCAUCGUCGUCGUUGUUGUUGUUGUCGUCCGGUACUUCGGUUGUCGAGACUCGAGAUACCGAUAAUCGGCCAUCGGAGUUGUUGACAGGAUUCUCUGGCGACGCCUCAUCAUCUUUGUCUCCAUCGUCGACAUCACCACCAUCAUCAUCAUCAUCAUCACCAUCAUCAUCACCAUCAUCACCAUCAUCACCAGCAGCAGCAGCAGCAGGAGUGAGAAGAACAGCAGAAGAAACUGCCAACGUCAAUCUUUUGGCUGAAUUCCCCUGGUGUGCAGCCGGUCUCGAAGCGGAUCCCCUCGCAUCCCCCACAUACACGCCAGCUCAGCGCUUUCUCCCUCCUCUCCCGCCUCCACCUUCUCCAUCGUCAUCUUCCGUGGCGCCUCAGUCCGGGAAGGAACGCUCGGCACUAGUGAUACCCACCCUCAUCCUCGAACAAUUCUUUUCCGACUCUGCGAUGCCGAAGCUGCGGUCAUCGGACAGCGGUAUGAGCACUAGCUCCCGCACACGCCCCGACCCUCUCCGCCCCACCAGCUUUGGAGGUGCAAAUAUGGUGCCAAAGGCACCGUCCUCGCCCCACAGCACCCACAGCAUUGGGCGUAUGUUCUCGACAAAAAUACGUGGUCUAUUGCACAGUCGUGAUAGGCGGGCAAGUAGUCCUCUCAGCCCCCCCAAUGUAGCCUCAAGUAUCCACGAGGCUCAAUUUGUGUCUGCGUCGGUGCCUUCCUCGCCGCGCACCACUGCGCACUACCCAUUGCCUCUGAACGAGAUACAUCCGAGCCUGCUGUCGAGGGACUCGACUGAGGAGUAUGUCGGAUAUGCCGCUUCAGGUCACUCUUCGUAUAGGUCUGCGGACUCGCCCACAACACGGACCGAGACAACAAGCCAAGACUCGUCGACAACGACCGACUCGACCGGCAUCCGGAGUGGCCGCAGUUCGUUCCAGAGCUUCCACGAUGAGAAGAGGCGUUCGGAUUCCCCGUCGAGCCCCAUCACUCCGGAUGGCGAUUACAUGUUUGCCAGGAGUUCGCCAGACAAGCCCGGAAGCGAUAAUUACUACAACUGCCAGAGUUUUGAUGAUGAUGACGGCAGGUCGCAGGAGGUGCUUUUCUGCCUCGACGAGGGCAACUUCAUGCUUAACCAGGGUAUUCCGUCCGUAAAUGUCGAGGCUCCCACGCCCACGGCGAACAAGCACUCGAGUCAAUUAUCGGCCGUGACAGCUUCAUCCCGAAUUCACCGGCCCAUGUCCUCCAGGUCACGCUCGGCGAGCCCAGCACCAGCGCCACCACCCGCACCCCAGCGUGCCCCGAGCUUUGUGGCUUCGAUCCGGGAAGAGAUUACUGGUCGGGAGACGCCGUCAUUCCUGGCACCGAGACCUGCACCAAUCCCAAUCCCAGUUGCGGGAUCUGCAAAGCCUUCCCUGCAUCCCACGGCCGGUGGAUCGAAGCUUCUGCGAACCAGCACCAUGAGCUCGAGAUCGUCGGCAGUGAACCAGGCCAAGGCACCACUAUCACUGACACCCCGGGUCCGAACAAAUUCCAUCACUCGGCCGUCGACAGCCAACCGUCCUGGCACAUCCUUCUCGGCCAUGUCGAUGAACUCCAAUAGGAGCAUGCAUAUGCACAGUCCCAAGUCGCCUAGUAGUGGGAUGCCCAUGGACAACCUUGCUGAUGUCGACGAGGGCGUUGUGCUGCCGCCCCCACAGAGCCCGGGCGCCUUCAAUCCUGACAAGUAUGCAUCGUCGACCAGAGGCUCGCGGGGGGGCAACAAGCCCAGCUCGCUGCUGCACGAGAUCGUCAUACCCCCCCAGUUUGACGUGGGCUCGUUCAAGACGGCGCCUGUGUCGCCCACGGCCGCAUCAGAGUACAGCUUCACGGCUGGGCUGUCGCCAAAGAGGAUACCGGACGACAUGCAGAACAUGCGGCCCAUAGUGUUCAACACCGAGACUUCGGACAAUGACGUCUCGAUACCGUUCUUCCCUGUUGGACCCUCUGGCCAUCAUCAUCCUCAGCAGCAGUAUCAGAACCAGUAUCAUGCAGCAGGAGGAGCACCACAGCAGACAGGAGGAGGACUUCCCGUUGUGGCCGCGGUGGCCGAGAACACGCCCCGUCGCUCAAAGACCGUCAGCCUACGUCAUGCCUUCACCCGCCUCAACUCGCACGUCAACAAGCGCGGUACAAACCACUCGCCCAUCACGCCCGACAUCAUCUCGCGUCCCUCAAACGCAAUCAAGUACGCCGGCCCCCAUCCCCUCUCCUCAGAGAUCUCCCACUCCCUCGAUGAUGAUAACACCAACACCACAACCCCAACCAACAAUGGUUCAUCUCGACCCCGUGCAACAUCUGGAGGCACACUGCCGUCCUCCUCUUCGUCCUUUGCGAGUCGUUGGAAAUCAGGCCAUGCCAGAUCGUCGUCCAACCCGUCGAACCUCCCGCCCGUGCUGCCGCCCUCGCAGCAGCAGCUGCACCAGCCAGUCUACUACUCCCCACCCGGCACCGUCCCCGCAAGCCCCACGCUAUCUGCCACCACCUCCACCACCUCUCCCACAAGCACAACCACUGGUAUGCAGGCGGUGGCCCUGACAGACGAGGAGCGCUCAGAGCUGGCACGCAUGCCCGGCACAAUCUUCCUCAAGACUGCGCGCAGCAAUGGCGAGAGCGGCGACGGCGAGCUGAUUAUCGAGGAGCACAGGUUGAAGCCGCGCAAGGGGAUGCAGGGGAGCGGUGAUGCGGGGAAGUGCAGGUUUUGUAGGAGGGGGCCGUUUCCAAAUAUGUGGGUCUGUUUGGACAGCUGUGGAUUUGUCAUGUGUAGGGUGUGUGCGAAUGAGAGCGUGCAGGGCGGGGAGGCAGAGCUUUUUUGA